AUGCUUGAAGUUGAGAUCACACAACAACGUUCUAUUCAUACGACAAAAUGGGAAAUCAUUCUCGGAAUGUCUUUAUAUCAAGUUAUAAAAAUACUUAAACAAAAUGAUGAUCAAAUUAAAUCAGUUAUAUUAGUUUAUAAUGAUAAAGAUCCAUUAAGUGCGGAUUAUACACUUAAUUUAUCUAAUGAUAGUAUUUUACUUCAUUUUGACUCAAUAACUCAACGAUUGAAACUUAUUGAAUUAUAUGAUUUAAAAAAAGUCAAACUGAAAUAUUUUGGUAAUUGUUUUAAUAGUCCUCAAAUUGUACCAACAAUUGAAAAUAUUAAUGAAAUAUUUGGACCAACAAGACCGGGUGAUUACAAUCGUGAAAGUCAAUCAUUUCUAAUGCAUUUUCCUGGUUUAACUUUUUUUUUCAAUCAAAUUGGACCACAAGUUGAAACAAAGCCAAUGCAUGGCCUUCAUUCACUUCAAUUUCCACCUGGUCAAUCACCUGUUGUUUCAAAAAUUUAUAUUUAUUAUGGAAAUGUUCCACUUGAAUUUAGUGUUCCACCAUUGCCAGUUAGUUGUUUUAAUCGUUCAGUUUUUCUUGAUAAAUUAUCAAAUAUUGUCGAAAAUCAAAGAACAAUCGGUUUAACAUGUCGAUUAAUGGUUGAAGCUCAUGCACCAAAACCUUACGAUCCAGAUGAUCAUAUUGAUUAUCUUGAUGCAACAGUUCAUUUUGAUGAUACUUGUCAAGAUGUUCUUUCGGUGAUUGGUAGUCCAAAUAGUGUUUAUUAUAAAACAGAUGAUAAAAUUAAAAUUCAUAAUCCAUCACCAACUAUUCCAUUGAGUCAACGUUCACAAGAUAAAUCAGAUUUCUAUUAUAAUUAUAUUAAUUUUGGCAUGGAUAUUUUAUUCGAUGGACAAAGUCAUACAGUGAAAAAAUUUAUUUUACAUACAAAUUUCCCUUGUCAUUAUCUUUUUGAUAGUUAUUUUCCAUGUAAUUUCGAAUUAAUUGUACGAAAUCAUGUUACAGGAAAAGAGAUUACUGUUACACCAUCAACGCGAUGGCCAGCUAUUCAAGAAAUUUUUGAUAAUCGUCAUUCACCAGCUAUUCUUCAUCGUUCAUCAUCAACAAAUACAACAAAUCCAUUUGGACCAACAUUUUGUCAUCUAGUUAAUGAUGAUAUGAUUUUUGAAGUUAUGUCCAAUGGAUAUAUUGCUUCAAUUAGCUUUUUCAAUGAACGAGAUUGA